AGAGCGCGGUGUUGCGGGCCGGGCCGGGCGGGCGCUCCCCUCGCUGGCAGUGCUCGCUAAGAUGGCGGAUUUCCUGCCGUCCCGCUCCGUCCUGUCGGGCUGCUUCCCCGGCUGCCUGCUGACCAGCGGCGAGGCCGAGCAGCAGCGCAAGUCUAAAGAGAUCGACAAGUGCCUGAACCGCGAGAAAACCUACGUGAAGCGCCUCGUCAAGAUCUUGCUGCUAGGCGCCGGGGAAAGCGGCAAAUCCACCUUCCUCAAACAGAUGAGGAUUAUUCACGGGCAAGACUGGGACCGGGCGGCCCGGGAGGAAUUCCGGGCAACUAUCUACAGCAACGUGAUCAAGGGUGUGAGAGUCCUGGUGGAUGCCAGAGAGAAACUUCAUAUCCCUUGGGGAGAUCCAGCAAACCAGAGCAACGGGGACACCAUGAUGGCUUUUGACACGCGGUCGGUCACGGUGGUGCAAGGCAUGGUGGAGACAGCUGUUUUUUUACAGUACCUCCCAGCCAUCAGAGCUCUCUGGGCAGACAGUGGCAUCCAGCACGCGUACGACAGGCGCAGAGAAUUCCAGCUGGGGGAAUCUGUGAAGUAUUUCUUGGACAACUUGGAUAAACUUGGAGAACAAGAUUAUCUUCCCUCACAGCAAGAUAUCCUGCUGGCACGAAGGCCCACGAAAGGGAUUCACGAGUACGACUUUGAAAUCAAAAACGUCCCUUUCAAAAUGGUCGACGUGGGCGGGCAGAGGUCCGAACGGAAGCGGUGGUUCGAGUGCUUCGACAGUGUCACAUCCAUCCUUUUCCUGGUUUCCUCCAGUGAAUUCGACCAAGUGCUGAUGGAGGAUCGGCAAACGAACCGCCUGACAGAAUCCCUGAACAUUUUUGAAACAAUAGUCAAUAACAGGGUGUUCAGCAACGUCUCCAUCAUCCUCUUCCUAAACAAGACGGACUUGCUCGAGGAGAAAGUGCAAAAAGUCAGCAUCAAGGACUAUUUCCCAGAGUUUGAAGGGGAUCCCCACUGCUUAACAGAUGUCCAGAAAUUCCUGGUGGAUUGUUUUCGUACCAAACGCCGGGACCAGCAGCAGAAGCCCCUCUACCACCACUUCACCACUGCUAUUAACACAGAAAACAUCCGGUUAGUUUUCCGUGAUGUCAAGGAUACCAUCCUCCACGACAACCUCAAGCAGCUCAUGUUACAGUGAUGUGCAAAAAGACAUUUUUAUUUGAGUAACUUUUGUGUUGGUUUUGGGGGUUUUUUGUUUUGUUUUGUUUUUUUAACUAGAAGUUUACAGCAGGAGUAGAGAAAUCCAGAUCCUGUCAGACUUCUUGAUAUGUGGCUAAAAGCUGCUGCUGAACACAUUAUUGCCAAUUUCUGCAGAAAUUCAGGCUUAAUCUCUUCCAGUGUAGCUUCAAGUUGACUCAAGUUGUAAUUUUAUAGCAGUCCUAUGUCUGAGUUACCUGUAAAGUGAAAAAAUUGGACCUUUUACAAACAUUAUUCUAGAAAAUUCAUUCCACCUUCAGAAUUCCCAGUCCAAACUUCAGUGAGGUUGCUGCAGUUGUUAAGGCUGUGGCAGUAAUUUAAGGGGGGGGGGGGUAAGACUUUUCAUAUCUAAUUUCAUGAUGAUGACUGUGAUACCAUAGCUGAUUUAUGAUUUCUCAGGUCUAUUGUUGGUUAGGAAUCCCAUAAAUCCCUUGCUGGAAUCAUCUGUUUGAAGCCAGGAUUCCUGGCUGCAACAUACUUCCUGUUCAAGUGUCAAUCAUGGGGUUUGACUGGGAGAUGCUUUAAAAAAAACACUUGGCUGAGGAGCCCUCAGGAAGUUUUGUUGCAGGCAGAAGUCUGGUGAUGAGGAGUUAGGGAAUGGCACAGUGCAUGGUUUCACUCUUAGAGCCAUGAGAAGCACAGAGCACUCUGAAACAAUCCUCUGAAGUCUGAUGUGGGGAUGGGGAGCAAGCUGAACUUGUAUUUCUGAUCCUCACUAACCAGCUGUUCCCUGUAGGUACCUUACCUUGAAGUGCUUUCAUACAGCACUGCUUUCUUUUUACUUGCCCCACGUGCCUCAUCUUGGUCAGGAAGCAUUUGGUGAUGGAGAGAAGUACUUGCAAACCUAAGUGCCUCCUUCUGUUCUGUCCUCCUCCAGGAUUAUCAGUGGCCUUAUGUGUUCCCUCCAGGGGCCUUGUGUAGCUGACACACCUGUGAAGAUGAAUGUUUUAUUCUGAAAAACAAACAAACAAAAAAAAGAACAUGUCACAGCAGAACCUGCUUCAGCUGGUGCAGUUCUUUCUGAGACUUUCCAAUUGGGUCUAAAACUCCUAAGUGUACUUGAGCCAAAUGUGUUGCACAGCAAACUCCAGAGUGCUGCCUGUGACUGAGAAUAUUUUACCAAAAAUUUCCAUUGUGGUUUCGUUAAUUUUUUUGAGUUUGUUUGGUUUUUUUUUUUUGUUAAGGGGAGGUUGUUACUGUUGCCAUGUGAUCAAAAAAAAAAAAAGUGAUAAAAACUACCUUCUUGCCCAUCAAUCCUCCUUACAUCACCCAGCAUACUACAAAGUGAGCUUAUGGUUCUAAGAGCAGUGCAUCCCCCAGCCUGUAGUGCCAGGUAGGCAGUUCAGCUUCCCACUUUAUCCCAUGGACCUGGCCAAUUCCUGUGGAUCAUGAUGGUGGCCAAUACUUCCUUAAAUUAAUUUUUUAAUGACCAUAUCUCACGUGUGGCAAACGUGACAAGAGUCAGCUCACUGCUUGGAGCAGUGUCCCUGCUAGAACAUAGGAAAGCUGCCAACUUAGCCUUGUACUUACUGUGACUGUAAGUUGUAUUAACAUCUCUGUACCUCCUUCUCCUCUCAGUAGAAGGGGAAGAGUGUAUUUUUAUUUAGGUAGGUGCUUUGAAAAACUUUUAUUUUUGUAUAUUGUUCAAUGAGUAGUCAUAGGGAUUUCUGCAGUAAGGCACUAUUGGGGGGGAGGAAAGAACUCUGAAAAGAACUUGGGAGAAGUCACAGUGCAUAAUCAAAGCCUGGGUGCAACAAUCAUGUCAGGGGCAUUAAUAUCAUCUUUAGGGAUUUUUAAUGUAGAUUUUGUGUCCUUACUAGACAUGGAAAUGAUUAUUCCUGGUUUGACAUCUUUAGGUCGUGUGUGAGCAACUCAAGAAUGAUGAACUAGAGACCCAAAAAAAAAGACUAAUGAGGCUACUGAAAGGAUUGGACAACAUGUCUAUAAGGAGAGUCCAGAAGUUCUCCAUCUCCCCUUUGUGGAAGGGUGACAGGUUGAUUGAGCUAGAAAUGGUACCUGAGCUGACAACAAAGCUGUGUAGUAGCCUCAAAGUCUGCUGUUGGAAAGCAGAAAUUGGACAAAUCUGUGCCCUUGUUAAACAAGAGGAGCAGUAGGUUUGGGGCUUUUUCUCUGUUGCCCAUAGUUGUCUGAUCAAAUUUCUUUUUUGAGAAGAGAUUGAUCUCUGCUCUGGUUAAAAUAAUUAAUUUGGGAGGGGUCUGUAGUACAUGGUUUGCAGGAUGUCAGGCUAGGUGAUUGCAGAAAAGACUGAAGAUUAAAUAGUGAAUUGCAUGACCAGGAAUUUGUCUAAACAAACACAUUUUUGUAAAAUGUUAAUGAAUUGGGGAUCAAGGGACCUGUUAAAUGUACUAAAAAUCCUCAGAAUUGAUAUCAGUUCAAGAUUAAUGGUAUUGCCAAGGUGCUGGGCACUUCUGACAUGAGCUAAAGCAGGAAAAACACUCAGCAGGCUUCUCCCCUGACCCAGCACCCAAAAAUCCAAACGGUUUUAAUCCUUUCAGAUGACUUUCCCUGUGAACACCAGGGUGGAGCCCAGAGUGUUGGGUCACUUCUGACAAAGUGGGCCCUGGUAGAUAAGCACUAUAUGAAUCUCAGGCAGAAAUGAAUUAUUUUAAUGAAAUGAUUGAGUCAAAUCACUCUUGUUUCCCACCCUCACUUCCUCUGGGGGGGGGGUGAGGCAACUGACCUUGCUUAACUGUUUACAUGGAUCCUCUGCUAAAUAAACUAAAUAAACUGAAUGAAAGUUGGGCUUUUUUUCAUCUUCAAACUGAAUUAGCUACCUGAAAAGGAGCACAGAGGAUACUGUUCUUCUUAGAUUUGUUUCUAAAUAUUAUUUUCUGUACAGCAGGAUAUCAUUUUGGUACAAGAGCUGAAGGGCUGAUGUUCUGAACAGACUGAUUUUUAAUCCUGAAGCAAACAAAUGAGUCAUGGUUGGCUAGGAAGAGUGAAGCUUGUUUGUGUAAACCAGUCUGUGGUAUAAAAUCAGGACAUAGUUCUAGUGAAAGUGGGGAAGCAGGUAGAAAAUCAGGGUUCCCAAAACUUCCUUAGUUCUCUUUGAUGGAGUGAGCUCUGUUAAAACUUAUCACUGACCAUAUGGAGAUAAACCACUGUCUUGUACAGCCUUCCUGUACUUGAAGGUGAAAUUGGUGUUUUAGCAACUGUUCUCUGCUGCAGUGUGUUGAACUCAGUUGAUUGAUACCUGAAAACUGUGGCUGUUCAUCAGGGCUUUAAAAUUACUUUUUUUAUAUAUAUAUAUUGUAUGUGGGAGCGUAAGCCAUCAGUUUGUGUAAAACUUAAGCUUUCUUCUAGAGUAUCUGCUCUUAAAAAAAAAAAAAUAAAUAAAGCCAGGUGGGUUCAUUGAUCUCAAAGGCUGUAUAUUGAACUCAUUUGUCUAGUAAGUAGCUUUAAUUUUUGCCCAUCAGAAUUAUUCUAGCACAUUGCUGCAGUCAGGUGGGUGUUUCCAGCUCCAUCACACACAGCUAACAAAGGUAUUUCUGAUCAGGCCCAGGUAGUGUGGUCAAACUGCAUCUGCUUGUCACGUCUGGGAGAUGAAAAACUGGGCAUGUUUGACAUGCUCGUUGCCAUUGGAAGAUUUCUCUGGUUAUUUCUCUUUAGGAACAGUUGCAGAAGGUUCAUUUUCCAACAGGAACAUUUCCUGCUUCACACUGCUCAGAAGUUUCGUGCCAGACUGAGUCGUUCACGAGUUAACUUUACAGGUCUUGUCUCUUUGAUGGUACCAUUAACAUAGUUGUUUGUUUUGUUGUUUUUAAUUACACAGCAUUGCAACCCAGUGCCAUUUUGCAAUUUCUUUGCAUUGUACUUGAAAAUAAGUUGAAUUGCAGACUAUUUAAAACUGCUUUCCUGCGCUUCCAGUAGCAGUGAGAGCUUACCUUACGUGAAGCCUUUAUGUAAAAAUAUAUUUUGUAACAACCUCAUAGAUCUUUAACAAAACCAAGAUUUGUAUUAGCUUUGUAUAAAUGUUUGUGGCUUACAAUUUUAUAUGUUUAACUUUUUAUAAACUUUCCAGGGACUACUUUUUAUUGUAAAUUUUUUUUUUUUCUCUCCUUGCUUUAGUUUAAGAUUGGCAAUAAAUUAUUUCUAAGGAAGGUCUUAGAAGAAAAAGCAUUGCUUUCUUUUUAUAAAACGGUGAAAUUGAUGAAUAGUUUAAAACCUCUUACACUUGCUUGUACAUUGCUCUGUACAUACUCUCCAAAAGUGUUGCCUUUCAGCUAUUAAUAUUUGCCUUGUGUACAAAAAUUACUGACUAUGAAUAAACAUAUACAGCCUCA